AUGAGAGUUAAUAACAGCAGAAGUACCAACCCAUUAGCACCAGCUUUUGAUGUAUAUGGUCAAAAGCUGAAAAACGACCGGGAUUUGAGUUAUAAUGGUACGUUUUGAGAACUUUUUGUAAUAUUUUAUUUAGUCUUUAUUAAGAAUAUCCUUUUUAAGUAAGUUUAGGCUAAUAUAGUUGUGAUUAUGUCUUGCACAGUGCAGCAAAAUUAACAAUGUCAAAACUGGUAAACGACAACUUAUCUUUGACAUUUUAACGUUUUGAUAAUUUAAAAAAUGUCAUUUAAAAAUGAUAUCACUACUUCUUUUUAAAUUUUUAUUCUUUUGACAAUUUUUGUUUUCUGGCACAGUGCAGCAAAAUUGACCAGGUCAAAUCUUGUAUAUGACAAUUAAAAUUUAACAUUUUUGAUAUGUGAUAAUUAAAAAAGUGAUGUUUAAAAACUAUCUAUCACUAAUUUUAUGCUUCAAUUUUUUUACAUUUUUUUACAUUAAUUUUGAUAAAGUUUAUUUUUUUGCACGGUGCAACAAAAUUAAAAAUUUUAAAAAUAAUUAACGCCGUUUUAAAUUUUAGUUUUUUAAAAUAUUCCAUGUUUAAAACUUUUUAUUUAAAAACGUAUUAUCAAGAUUUUAAAAACAUUCUUUCAUUUUAAAAAUUUUUAUUUUUUGCACCGUGCAAUGAAAUUUGAAGUCUUAAAAACAUUAAAUGCCAUUUUAAAUUUGAGGUUUUCAGACUUUCUAUACAUAAAACUUUAUCUUUUAAACAUAUAAUGACUUUUUUAAAAGCAUUUUAAUCAAUUUUGAUAUUUUAUUUCAAAAAGUUUUCUUAUUGCACUGUGCAAUGAAAAUAAAUUGACUGCACGGUGCAACAAAAAUAAACUGAACGCACAGUGCAAACCACAAAAGUAAAAAAAAUUUCUAGGAGUAAUAUCCGUUGGAAAUCCACCCCAAAGCUUCAGAGUAGUGUUUGAUACUGGCUCUGACAUCUUCUGGUUACCAAAAAAAGGUUGUCGCUCUAGUGGCCCAUUAACUGGUGCUUGUCGCUCUGGCUCCGGCUUGUAUAACCCUUCCGGUUCAGCUGUGAACACUGGCCAAACUUUCAAGAUUACAUAUGGUACUGGUGAUGCUGUUGGUACUUAUUACAUGGAUGAAAUGGCUGUAGGUCUUACUGUAAUUAAAAGUUUAAAAACAUUUUUUUAAUUGAUUUUUUGGUCAUUUGAAAGUUGAAUUUCUGUUAUUUUUUGUUUUGUAAAGAAAUUUUAUGCUAUUUUGUACUAUCAAGUUUAUUUUUGACUGUUUUAAUUCACUGUAAACAAAGUUAUUGCAGUUUCCCUAAAUCCAGCAAAAAACCCUAAAUUUUUUAAAAAUUUUGUAAAGAAAGUUUUCUCCAAAUUUCAAAAAUGCUCCAAAAUGCCAGUUUACAUCAUUGUAAGCAAAGUUAUUGCCAAAAACCUUUAUUUCCGCACUGUGCAACGCCAUUUGUUCUUUUUGCACAGUGCGAAAGCGCGGUCCCGUCCGAUCUGACAAGUUAAGCAAGGGUGCGCUUGAUUAUAAAAAGUUCGAGGAACACUGGGUGGAAACAAAGUUUUUGGGAUUUUUAUGGUACUGGAAAGAAAGUUUUUGCUAUUUUUGGGUUUUGGUGUUUUAAAUAAUGGCAUUUUUGAUAAUUUUAGGUAUAAAAGUUUAAAUUUUUGUUGUUUUAAAAGCUGUAAACAAAGUUUUUGCCAUUUUUACCAAAUUUUUUUAAAUUUUCAGUUUGGUGAUCCAAAUGGAGAACAGCUAAAGAUGCCAGAAAAGGUUCAGAUCGGUGCUGCUUCUCAAAUGACUUUCUCAGACGAAGGCAUUCUGGGCUUAUCAUUCCCAGCGCCCGACAGUCCAACGCCGAUUUUCCAAAAAGCGGUCGAACUGGGCGUGAUGACCGAGCCAGUCUUUACCACAUUUCUGAAAUUAUGUCCGGGCGGGUGUGAAAAUGGCGGUGUAAUCACAUUUGGAGGGGUGGACACUGAUAAUUGUGGCGAAAUCACUGAUUGGGCACCGGUCGAUGACAGUAAGAUGCACUGGAGGUUCAACAUGGGCGGGUAUGAGGCUGGCAAUCUGAGGAAUGAAAGGGCUGCUCCAGUAAGUUAAAUUGCUUUUUAGGUGGGGUAAAAUGUAGGGAGGGUUAAAAAAUCAAGGCAAUGUAAAAAAAGGCAGGGUAAGAAAAUAGGGCAAGGUUAAAAAUGAGGCAGGGUAAAAAAUAGGACAGGUUAAAGAAGUAGGGCAGGGUAAAAAUUGAAGGGUUGGGUAAAAAUGUAGGGCAGGUUAAAAAUAGAAGGGCUGGGUAAAAACGUAGGGCAGCGUAAAAAAUAGGGCGGGGUAGAUAAAUAGCAAGUUAACAAAGUAGAGCAAGGUAAAAAAUAAGGCAGGAUAUUGUAGGGUAGGGUAGGGUAGGGUAGGGUAGGGUAGGGUAGGGUACUCUUUCUAUGUUUUUUUGCUUUCAGGCCAUCACCGACACCGGUACCUCCUUCAUCCUAGGUCCAAGUGCCGAUAUCGCGGCGAUAGCACGUCAAAUCGGGGCAGUACGUCAACGGAACGGUGACUAUCUGAUCAGCUGUGCCAAAGACUUCAAAUUCAAAAUCAAGUUUGGUACCCAAUGGUACCAAAUAAAGUCCCACUUUUUGAAAAUCUCGUUGGGAAGAUACUGUCAAUUAACUAUGGCCGCUGCUGAUAUUGGCUUCUGGGUACUGGGAGAUCCAUUCAUCAGACAGUACUGUCAAGUUCACGACGUGCAGAACAAACGUGUUGGCAUUGCACAGGCUUAUAAUUGA